GAAAAAAGACAACUGCGAUUCUAUUCAGGCGGCCAGAGGAAUGGAAACGGAUACUGAAGGUCGGUUGUGGGUCCUUGAUAACGGUAGCGGCCACUGUCCGAGCAAAAUUUGGAUAUUCAACCUUCUCAAGAACGACAACACCGAGCUUGUUCACCAGUUCCCGGACGCAGUCGUCUCUCAUUCAUUUUCAAAUAGGUACCUGCGUGAUAUAGUGAUCGACAAAACACCAGACGAUUACCUUGCGUACAUCACGGACUCUCUUUCUGAGCACAUAAUAGUUUAUAGCCAAAAGAACAACCUUUCGUGGCCAGUGAAAACACCGGGAUAUAAAUUUAGUUCAAUUUCCCUUUCCCCUGAGGAACCGAAACAGCUGUACCUGAGGAUAUCUCUCUCCAAGGUACUCUGUUCAAUUCCCGUGGUGGCAUUCGCUCAGAACGGAAAUGCACCUGCAAAAACACUAAACCUUAUUGUAACGUGGAAAGAGAGUGCAUAUAGAAUGUUGAUAGACACCAACAGGACUAUGUAUGUGGCUUUUUACAACAAGGACUACAUUGUUGCUAGAGAAAUCAACAAGCCUUUUAACGAGAGGCGUAUCUAUGAGAUUGCAGACCUGAGCAAUACAUGGCCGUUUACUUUUGCCUUGGAUUCGUCUGGAAACCUCUGGAUUACUCAGCUUAAAAUAAAUUGGUGGAGUAGGAGGUACAGUCUCCUCAAGAUUGCAGUUGGCUCAAAACCAUAUAUCUUCGGUUCUCGGCAGACACCAGAAACGAGCUCUUCUGUGACUCCAAUGACUUCCACAUCAUUGACAGCAAAUAAAUCAACACAUGCUCCACAAUCAAAUGUUUCUUCGGCUAAAGAUACCAGUCAUGAGGUCAGAGAUUGCAACAAUGACGCCAAAUAUCAAAGCUUGCUCGUUCUGAACACCGUUUUGUCGUGCUGGAACGUAUUCAGCCUCUUCUCCAUCGCAUCCCAGAUUCUUUGGUUCCGGAGGAUGAAGAAAAUGCAAGACUGCAUCGCCAAAACCAAGAAGGAGAGUGAACAAAUGUGUUCUAAUCCACCUAUUUACAACAGAAUAGAACCAGACACCUCCGAGCCGAUUUAUGAAGAAGUCGCAGCCGUGCCUUCAACUUCCACUUCCGCGCAACGCACAGUCGCUGAGGUUUAUACUUAAUUAAAGGUGUGUUUUUCUUAAAAUUGUAUGAAAUAAACAUUAUCUUAUGUCAGUUUUAAAUAAAUUAUCGUUAAUUAAA